GUGGAGUCAGUAAGAUAAGUUUGUCGAGUGAAUCGAGGCCGUGAUCCGGACUGGAGAUAGCACGUUGGAAGUACCGAGUGUUCGGUUGAUCGUCGAUAAGUUUUUGGAUGUUCUAAAAAGUGCUUUCAAGCAAAAGUUCCGCUAGAACAAUUUGCUAUUUGUUUUGAAUUUAAGGUAAACAGCAUAGCUUUUACCUGUGGCGAAAAAGUGCAUCACAUGAAGCGCUGUGCAGAGGAAAAUUCGAGGUGCAAUCUUACGUGGGUCACUGCCAGGUGGGCCCUUGUAUGUGAGUGUAGUGUAGUACCGUCGAUAGUAAGCUUUUAAAACUUCGUGGAGAAGAACAACGUGAAAAAAUAAGUGGUGGUUCCAACAUCUUCGUCGUGUACGAGUGUAUAGGGUUCGUAGUCGAUCUCGCGGGUCACGGAGAUCUCUGUAAGAAUGUAGCUAGUUUUGUCUAGCCCAUAAACUAAGCUUCUUCCUCCUUUUCGUCCAUCUUCCGCUCUUCUGUUCUGCUUCGCAUUAGAGCGUGUUUAAUCAACAAGGAAGACAUCAGGUUGUGGCGAACGCGGAGUAAACCUAAACACUGGAAUGGCCCCCCAAAGCAGAAACAUGAAUAGCAAGAAAUGCUAGUACACACACACCGCAAUACCUGUGCUUAGACCUCGCAACAUCAUAGCAGCAUCAGAGCGGUAUGAUCUUCAUUGAGUGAGUGCGCGAGAGAAAACGGGCCAUUUUUGUAAAAUUUGUCGACGUCACUUUAAUCUAAAUACCACUAUGACUACUAGAGAAAAAGUGCCACGCUGGGAAAAGUGCUGAAAAUGGUUUUGCGCGAAAAAAGCGAGUGAAAGAGUGCAACUCGAUCGUAAGUUUACUUGAGAACCAAAUACGACGGAGCAGUGACAAAUGCAUUCCUGAUGUGCAACCCAUGACUCACUUCACAUUGCGCAUUGAAUCGUCAAUCGUUAAGAUGAUUACCUGAAAGCUUCGAUCACAUUUUAAGCCCCACCAAUCAGUGUACAAAGACAAACAUAGGCUUUUUUGCUAACAAGAAAUGAUCUACGUGUGCAAGAAAAAAUAUUUUACUGAUGAUUAAUCGGAAAUCUGCUGAGGUGAGAACGUGUCUUCCGAAGUGAAGUGCAAGCCAAGGCUUAGUUUAGUUUCGCAGUGCCGAGCAAAAUCGUUUGUUUUACGCUCAUUCGCUUGUUGAUUUCGCGUGAAUCGUUCAAAGUUAACGAAAGGAAACCCAAAUGUUAUGAAACAUCAUCGGUAGGCAAUCAAUUCUUCAGUUACGCGGGGUUGUUCCACUGCAAAUAGAGUUAUGUUUUUGUUUUCGAAAGAAUCAUCGCAGUGUUAGUGCUUUACUUGCGUGUACAUACGCGAAGGCUACGUGAGCGGAGAGUUAAUUUUAGUGCCAGCAGUCCGCGAAUAUAAUCGAAACAAAUUGAACGGUAAUUGAUGUGUGGACCUAACCUCAUACAAAGCUGGUGAGCUGGGAAAUGCAGUUCAAGAUGCAUUCGUCAUCGCAGUUGAACAACAGGCAAGAGAAAGACUGCAACGUCUGUCCGCACUCAAACGGAUCACUCCGGUUGACAUGUCCCAGCUGUCUAUAAAGCUUAACCAGCAAAGCCAAGCGAAGGGCGGCACCACGCAGGAUCUAAGCUUUCUCAAAGAAGCCUCGCCGAUAUACGUAACAUCGCUUUCGAAUAACACCGUCUCCGUAACCAACACUAGCACCACGGUGACGGCAGGAACAAAAACCAACUACUCAGCUGGGUCCAAUUUACAACAAGCAGCAACCAAUAACAAUAACACGGCAAAACAGAUAGGUAACGUAACGUCGGCAGUCACUUCGACUGUAAUUACUGGUACUAAUUCGGUGACUGGGUCCGCAGCAACAAAAACCGCUUCUCAAAAUGUGAUCAACUCCAAGCCAGCUUCUAAUCAAGUUCAGUCCAGUACGUCUCAGUCCUUUAACGCCAGCACAAAUGUCCCACCGUCGACAUCUCGCCAGCAGAACGUACCGACUAUAUCGAACGUUGUGACAUCCAACGUCGUAUCGUCAUCUGCCUUGCGGGGCACCCCGGGGUCAACGUUCUCGGGGGUCAACACUAAACCUAGCGAACAGCAACAGUUCAAUCUUAACAAUAACAACUAUUAUCCCAUCAACAGCAGUAACAUUGUGAAUGUGAAUCAUAGUCUUAUUAAUAACAACAUCAAUAGCAAUAUUAGUAAAACUGGUGCUGGUAAUAGUUCUUGUGGUAGUUAUUACAGUAAUCUAACAAAUCCGAUUAUCGCAAACGGUCAUGGUCCCAAGCGAGAGCUGGCCACGCUCUCGGAAGGUGAACUUGAGCUGCAAGACGAACCAUAUGAGACGAACAGCAACAUAUCAAGGGGUGGCACAGAAGUACUGCUAGGUGACCAGAGUUUGCGACAGGAUAUCCGGUCCCUCCGACGGUCUGGCUCCAGCAUCGUUGUGUUGGGUGGGGAUGAUACACUGAAACCUAGCCUGCCUAUUGAUGACUAUCAGGAGGACUUCGAGAUGUACAAUAUGAUUUCAGCUAAUCAAGAUAAUGGACCACAUCGGGAGAUGGCAGUUGAUGUACCUGAAUCAUUUAUAGCUCGCAACAAAACACCACCACGAUACCCACCACCGCGCAGCACAACACAGGUAAAUCAUGUGUCCAAUGCAAUGCCACAAGUACCGAAACAUGUAAACGGAGGUGUCUCCUUGGAGCUGGAACCUCUUGAUGGCUAUAGCGACAAAAAUUCGUCAUCGCUGGAUAGUAGCAAUGAAUUUUGUAAGAAAAAUUCCAGCAAAGGACCGUCCUCGCUCGGUUCUGCCAGCGAAUCGAUCGGCUUCGACUCGAUCAACUAUCUGAAACACUCAAGAGGUUCACUCAGUACAAGGAGCUCCUCGUCGGGUGACCUGGGCCCACCCGAGUACGAUAUCGGUCCGCAUCGCGAGCUUCCAGUAGACGUUCCGGAUAGUUUUGUUGAAGUAAUUAAAGCACCGCCCCGCUAUCCACCGCCAAAAUCAUUGAUCUUAAAAGAAGUUGUCAAAAAGAAAGAAUCAUCCUCAUCCGACGAAUCUAUCGAUAAACCAAAACCGCAACCACAAGCACCAAUGCGAAACGAGCUUAAUGGUUCCGUGAAGCCCAUUCCACCCCCGCGCGAUCACCUCCGGAUAGAGAAGGAUGGUCGCCUGACGAACCGCGCCCCGGUUCCCGCACCGCAAGUACCGGACCGCAAAGCAGUGCCGACGACUCCGCAGCAACAUCAUCAGCACAUCGGUCAGGUCGUGGAACCGACUCCGGAUCAGCUGGAUAGCAUCAAAAAGUUUCAGGAACAAUUGCGCAGACGACGAGAAGAGGAAGAGCGAAUAGCAGCACAGAAUGAUUUCCUACGAAACAGUCUGCGAGGCUCGCAGCGGCUGCGGGCAUUACAAGACAACCCAGUCGUUGACAAACCCGCCAUCGGUGUUGAUAACGAGGCCUACGCGGACGACGAAGAAGCGGAAAAGAUUAUCGGCUACGGAGAACUAGUAUCAGCGUUGCACCGAUUGCAGGGUCACCUCAACAAGCACGGGUUAGCCGCACUCGCUGGCAGAGUAACGGCGGCACAAACCCUGCUGCUUGGUCCUGGAAUCGCACGUGCUCUCGCCGCUCGGACGGCCGUACUCGAACGACGACGGCCUAAAGUACAGAACCCCAUUUGCUCAAAUGCUCAGGCACUCGCCAAGGACUGCGUUGAAUCAUUAGCCCAGUCCAGUUCACCGGCUGCAAUAGAACUAUGUGAUCUGCUGUCAACAUACGAAAUGGAAGGACUGCUGCUAGCACACGAUCGUGUUGCGUCCACUACCGAUCGUACACCUGCCUACGGUGUCAGUGCUGCUAGCGUGAAUCCUGCGGUGCCAUUGCCAAUGAACAAUAAUGCGAUGACCAGCGCCACACCGGUCAAACCUACGUCAGUUUUGCCAUCAAUUCCAAAUAAUACUAGCUUAGUAAAUAACAAUAACAACAACAUAGCCAAGCGUGAACCCAUGAGUGUUCCACUUGGAGUGCUUCGCGAUGGUAGUCAGGAUCACAUCAGGAUAAUUCAGAUCGAAAAAUCGUCGGAGCCCCUCGGUGCUACUAUACGCAAUGAAGGUGAAGCGGUUAUAAUCGGUCGUGUGGUGCGAGGCGGCGCUGCCGAAAAAUCUGGACUGUUGCACCAGAAUGACGAGAUUCUUGAGGUGAAUGGAAUCGAAAUGCGUGGAAAGUCGGUGAAUGAUGUCUGCGCUCUUCUCGGUGCGAUGACUGGAACCCUCACGUUCCUAGUGGUGCCUGCUGGUGCGUCGCCGAUGGUUCCAGGGAUGCGAGAUCCACCGGUUCUGCAUGUACGGGCUCAUUUCGAUUACGAUCCAGAAGAUGAUCUGUACAUUCCAUGUCGCGAGCUUGGUAUCAGUUUCCAGAAAGGAGACGUAUUGCACGUGAUAUCCCGCGACGAUUCCAACUGGUGGCAAGCCUAUCGGGAAGGUGAGGAAGACCAAACCCUCGCUGGACUAAUACCUAGCCAACCGUUCCAGCAUCAGCGCGAAUCGAUGAAGCUGGCUAUAGCAGGUGAAGUAGGCUUAAGAACCAGAAAGGAUGCCAACGGAAAAGCGGGUGGUUCUACAUUGCUUUGUGCUCGUAAGGGACGAAAGAAAAAGAAGAAAGCAAGUAGCGAACAUGGUUACCCACUGUACGCUACGGCAACCGCCGAAGAUCCAGACCCAGAAGAAAUUCUCACCUACGAGGAAGUUGCACUUUACUAUCCAAGAGCGUCCCAUAAACGACCAAUCGUUCUGAUCGGCCCACCCAACAUUGGACGUCAUGAGCUUCGGCAACGACUGAUGGCCGAUUCGGAACGGUUCGCUGCUGCCAUACCUCAUACAUCUCGGCCCCAACGGGAAGGGGAAAUUCCUGGACAAGACUAUCACUUUAUUUCGCGACAGCAGUUCGAAUCGGAUAUACUAGCAAGAAAGUUCGUUGAGCACGGCGAAUACGAGAAGGCAUAUUACGGAACAUCAUUGGAAGCGAUCCGAGCGGUGGUGGCCAGCGGUAAAAUAUGUGUGCUGAACCUUCAUCCGCAGAGCCUGAAGCUUCUUCGGUCCUCGGAUCUGAAGCCAUACACGGUGCUCGUGGCACCACCCAGCUUGGAAAAGCUUCGUCAAAAGCGAAUACGGACUGGGGAACCCUACAAGGAAGAAGAGCUAAAGGAAAUCAUCGCUACGGCUCGCGACAUGGAAGCCCGAUGGGGUCAUCUGUUCGACAUGAUCAUCAUCAACAAUGACACGGAACGGGCGUACCAUCAGCUGCUAGCCGAGAUCAAUUCGCUAGAACGAGAACCACAAUGGGUGCCAAGUAGCUGGCUGCAUAACUAAUUUAAGUCAGUGAUGCGUUUUCUACCUAUAUAUUUGUAACUUUUGUUGUUUUGUAAAGAAAAGAAAAAACAGAAACUAUCGGUUAAGUCUGAUACUAUUUAGUGAGCAUAAAGGUAAUUAUCGUAAUUUAUGUAAGUAGAACCCUAACACAAUAUAUGAAAGGAGAACGUCCCUUUGUAUUCCAUUAUAUAUAUAUAUAUAUAUAUAUACAGCUGGUACGACAAAACAUGAUUAAUGAAAAUCAAAAUACUUCUAGAAGCAUAAAAAUAAAUUCCAAUUGAUAACUAUACGAUAAGCGACGUUGUUAUUUUCGUUUUUGAAACAGAGUAUAAAAAGUUUAUUUUAUAUCUAGCUUAUUCCAUGUAAAAAGUACAUAGAAGGAUUGUUUUAUAUGUAUAAAUUUUAUUUAUCUGUCCAAUAUUUUUACAAUUAUAUCGAUAAAAAAAACUGAACACAAUAAAAGCAAUUUCUAAAUGUUAAAAGAAAACUUAGAAAAAAAACAGUCAGAACUCAGAAAACCCUUUACAUAAUUCAAUAGACGUAACGCAUUACAAUAUUUAAUCUCUACAAGAAGGAAAACAAGACGACAAAAACCGGCUCGCAAAAUAUUACGAAAAAAACAACAACAAAAAAGUAUUCGUGUUCACAAUUUACUCUAGAAGAACGAAAGAACAAACUAGUGGUAACAAAUUGAAGAGCAAAUGCCAGUACAGAAAGGUAGCGAAUCCAGCUUCAAUUCAUCCACAAAACAGUGUUAAAACACCGAUAUUUUUGAUACGUAUUCAAGUAACGUCGAAGAUCGUUUGCAGUUAGCUGCCGAUUAGUUUGCGACAUUAAACACAUUCUCUCCGGUCCGACAAAGCCGCCUUCGAAAGUAAAGUAAACAUGAACAAAAGAAUAUUACGCUCAAUAUUAUGCAUGUAUAGUUGUAAUAACGAAUAAUAAAACCACCAGAGACAUGAAAACAGCAUAGUUUCGAAACGAA